UGGCGAUAGUGGCGGUGCCGCGGUGAUGGGUGAGCAGGCUCCGGACCCGAGCCGGUGUGGGGUGGCCGUCGGCGCUUGGGGCUGAGCUCGCUCCUCGCAUCCAUACCAUGUUCAGCAAGUAUUUCCUGAUGGGCCUCCACAACUUCGUGUGGUUCGCCGUGAAGGUGUGGAGCGUGUGUGUGGAGGCGGCGCGGAGGCAACUCCGCUCGAUAACCCAAUACCAGACAGUGCGAUAUGACAUUUUGCCUCUAUCUCCUCUUUCCCGCAUCAGAAUCAAUCAAAUGAAAAGGAAGAUUCUGGUUUUGGAUUUGGAUGAAACAUUAAUACAUUCACAUCAUGAUGGAGUCUUGAAGCCAACAGUGAGGCCAGGUACACCACCAGACUUCAUGCUGAAGGUUCUUGUUGAUAGACAACCAAUCAGAUUUUUUGUACAUAAAAGGCCUCAUGUGGAUUUCUUUCUAGAAGUGGCCAGCCAGUGGUAUGAAUUGGUGAUUUUCACUGCUAGUAUGGAGAUUUAUGGUGCAGCUGUAGCAGACAAACUAGACAACAACAAGAAAAUAUUAAACCGACGCUACUACAGACAGCAUUGUACGCUUGAAUUGGGCAGCUAUGUGAAAGAUCUUGCAGCCAUUCACAACGACCUCUCCAGCAUUGUAAUAUUAGAUAAUUCACCAAGUGCGUACAGGGGGCAUCCAGAUAAUGCUAUUCCUAUCAAAUCCUGGUUCAGUGAUCCUGGAGAUACAGCUUUAUUAAACCUUUUACCUAUGCUUGAUGCAUUAAGGUUUACGUCAGAUGUCCGGUCCGUCCUCAGUCGGAAUUUGCAUCAACACAGGCUAUGGUGACAUUGAAUGAGUUUCUGCUAAUGGUCACUUGAGGCAUUCUGUGUUAUGCCCUCUAUGAUUUGAGCGUAGCAAAAACUUCACUCCAGGGAGGGGAUCUGAGUUUGCAUGAAGUGAAACAACCUCAGUGGAACAGUCAAGACAACCUGGUUUACUUCUGUGUCAUCAGAUCUAUGUGUGAAUUUUGCACUUGUUGAAUUCAAUGGUGAAAUGGUGCAUCAUGUGAUACAUUGUAUCUCUUGUUUAUAAAAAUGAUAUUUUUGAGCUCAGUUCUGCUCUGGUUGCCUGAGGUAAUUUUUUUCUCUUUUAAAGACUUUUAAGAUUAGAUAAUGUUUUUAAAGAAAGUACAAAUGAAUUUCACUCCAAAAGAAACAAGGUGUUCAGGCUGCUUCCUGUUCAAAGAGGAAGCAAUUUCAUUUUAAUUCUUCUCCGUCCUUCUAUGUGAUGCCAAAUUUCACUGAAAUUUGACUAGGAAGAACAGUCCCAAACCUGACCCUGUUAAUGGUGCUAAACCACAAAUCUAAAUCAAGGUAUGGUUUGCAUUUAGAUUUCUUUUUACAGCUGGUCCCUAAUCUGAAUAAUUGUCAAUGCUGCUUUUAUCAAAAGUAUUAAUAAUUGCAUGUUAAAUGAAGAAUAAAAUCUCAUCUAUAGUACAAUUUGGAUGAUUUGUAUCAUAUUUAUGGCCUUCAGGAGCACAGAUUAAUUAUACUAUACUUAAAAUUUAUUUUUCAGUAAUUAAUGACAGUGGUAAUUUUCCUUAAACUUGUAUUUGAGGGAGAUGGGAGUAACAAGUGAGGGUGGGAUUUGUUGUCAAUUGAAUGUUUAGCUGGCAUUCAUUGUCUUGGGUUGCACAAAGUAUUGUUCAUUGAAGGAAUCUUGUAGAGAAUGGUUUUGCAAAUAUUGGAAUUUGAACUAAUUUGUUUUACUGCAAUCACAUUGUAAAGCACUUUACUCCAAGUGAAAUUGUACUGCUAGUAAGAACCCUCUUUGUCAGGUAGAAAACUCUCCAUUCAGAAAACGUUAUAAAUGCCCUUAAUUCCCCAGCUUUUGUAUGUCAAUGUCUUGCAAAUCUAGUCAGAAAAAAUUCACGUCCAGUGGUGGGUAAAAUGAUAACUGCUACAUGUAGCAAAGAAACACAAAGUGCUUCAAGUCAGUAAGGGCAAAGACUUUUGACAACUGAAGAUAAGAAUCAUUAAUAUAUUCAUUGCACUCUGACUUCAAUGUUUUUAUACAUGUAUAUAAAUGCAUAGAACUUCCAGUUCACGAAGUAGCCUUUUGAUUUUAUAUGCCACUGUUGGUGAUAUCCCAUCCCAGGUUGAUGGUAUUGACCUUUGGCCUAAGGCUAUUCCUGGGGGUAAGGAGUUAAUCUGGUUUUGGUAUAAUAGGCUGGACCCAGGAAAGGCUGAGAUCAUAUAAAUGUUGUAUGCUGGCUGGUUUAAAGGUUUUAUUCCUUCCUGGUCAAUGUUUGGUGCUGGAUAUGAUGAAUUAUUUUGUACUUGUCUCUGAGAUUGAAACUGUGAGAAAUAAGGGAUUUACAAUAGUUAUCUAGCCUUUCCUUAAUAAACAAUUCAGACUGCAAAUGUGACAAAUGCGAAAUAAAAGCAGAAAAUGCUGGACACACUGAACAGGUCAACAGGCAUCUGUGGAAAGAGGAACAGAGUUAAUUUUUCAUGUUGGCAACCCCUUUUUCAAAGAAGGAUCUCAGACUUGAACCAUUAACUUUUGUUUCUUUUUCUAUACAUGCUGCCUAAUCUAGUGGGUGUUUCCAGAAUUUUCAUAUGACCUUUCGUUAAGUUUAAUCCUUUGUGCAUGAAUUGUGUCCUAGAGCACAAAAGAGCAUUUGCCCUCAACAUCAUUUAUCAACCACUGUAUAUUUUCAAUACACAACAAGAGAAAAUCUGAAGAUGUUGGAAAUGCAAGCAACACACACACAAAAUGCUGUUACUUGCCCUUGCAAGCGGAACAAGUGCUACACCUGCCCCUAUACAUCCUCCCCCACUACCAUUCAAGGCCCCAAACAGUCCAUCCAGGUGAGGCAACACUUCACCUGUGAGUCUGCUGGGACCAUAUACUCUGUCCGGUGUUCCCGGUGUGACCUGUAUAUCGGUGAGACCCGACAUAGAUUGGGAGACCCUUUUGCCGAGCGCCUACACUCCAUUUGCCAGAGGCCACCCAUUUUAAUUCCACUUCCCAUUUCCAUUCCGCUGUGUCAAUCCAUGGCCUCCUCAACUGUCGCGAUGAGGCCACACUCAGAUUGGAGGAACACCUUGUAUUCCAUCUGGGCAGCUUCCAACCUGAUGGCCAUGAACACUGAUUUCUCGAACUUCCAGUAAUGGCUCAUCCCAGUCUCCUUCAUCAUUCCACAUCCCCUUUUCCCUCUCUCACCUUAUCUCCUUGCCUGCGCAUCGCCUCUAUCUGGUGCUCCUCCCCCCGUUUCUUUCUUCUAUGGCCUUCUGUGCUCCUAUGGGCUCCCCCUUCUCUAGCCCUGUAUCUUUCACUAAUUUCCUAGCUCUUUACUUCAUCCCUCCCCCUCCUGGUUUCACCUAUCACCUUGUGUUUCUCUCUCCCCUCCCCCUCGUCUUUUAAAUCUACUCCUCAUCUUUUUUUCUCCAGUCCUGUUGAAGGGUCUUGGCCCAAAACGUUGACUGUAUUCCUUUCCAUAGAUGCUGCCUGGCCUGCUGAGUUCCUCCAGCAUUUUGUGUGUGUUGCUAUGUUUUCAACAAUUUAAUUUGCUCAGGCUUUCAGAAUUAGGUGUAAAUUGUGCACCUUUUAACUUUUUGAAAAGACAUCAGUCAUUAGAUUUUCAAUGACUUUUUGAUUUUGUUAUUUUUUGGAAUUUUAAGUCACAUUUCAUAAAGGAUAUUUUAAAAAGAAGAUCCAUUUUCAGGGUGUGAUAGCAAUUCCAAAGCCAGAAAUGCAUCUUAUACUUGUGUGCUUUUAUAAUCAAAAUUCUUUUUACCAUCUGUAUUUCCUGGAUUUAAUUUUAAACCGUGCAGGCGGGGUUCAAAACUGGGUUUAUAGUGGUGGUGAUGGAGGGCUGUGGGUGCAAGCGGGCUGUGGCACUGUAAUGGAUUUGACCAACUGCAGUUUCAGGCACAAGAAUAAUCUUGAAUUUUUGAAAAUAAUUUUCAGGGUUUGAUGUGAUUAAUCGCCAAGCCCACAAAAAAACAGUAGUCAGUGCCGAAAAGGGGGCCAGAAUACAAUUUGCUUUAUUAAAAGAGGCAUUGCAUCUGGCUCUCGAGGAGGCUUUGAAUCUUCCUUGCUAUUUCCCAUCCCUCUUCAUAGACCACAGUGCUCCCCAGGAGUUGUUUCUACCUUGCACAACCAAGCAGCAUUUUUCUGCUUUCUGUUAGUGACUGCAUAAUUUUAGUUGGCAUAUUAAUUGCAAAUGAGGCUUGAUUGAUUAAAAUCUACUAAAUUGGCCUUUUGCAUGUGCCAGAGUGAAUUCUUGCCCUAGAGUUAAAUAAGUUCAAAAUAUUAAUAACUGGAUUGAAGUAGGUAACAUAUUCCAAACUGGAUUGAGGUAUUUUGUGCCACAAACCAUCAUGCUUGAAUGGGAGGAUGCUAUGUAAAAUGCAGGAGUCUUCAGGGGAAUAACCUGCAUCCAGUGCUUAAAUCGCACCAGAACCUAGAUUCUGUAAUUUUCAAUCCAUUGUAUUGAUCAAUGUAAAUUAGUUAUAUAGGGCAUUUUUAUGUUGGAAUCAAACAGCAGGUGAAUUAGUGUCUCCUAAUAUGCUACUUUCGGUGUUUUUAAUUCAAAAGCAGCACUGAGCAUGUGCAGCUGUGUAUAGUGACAGUGAAUACUAGCUGUGCUUCACUGGACUUGAGCCGUACCAAUUUUAUAAAUUGAUUUUGAUAGCUGGAAGUACUAAUCGUCUUUUUGUAUUUUGGAGUAUUUAUAAUGAAGAAUAUAGAUGUAACUCUGACCUAAAUCAGGAUUAAAGAGCAGUUCUGCAAUCUUGCACAAUUAACAAAACACUUUGUAUGAAUUGCCAUUGAGCACCAUUUGACCAUUCAGGAGCAAUAUACAUCCAAAGCCCAAUGAUAUCCCAAAACAUGGUCUGAUAUAGAGAUUUGUAGGGUUGCCAUCUUGGAAUAUCACUUUAAUAGGUGCCACCAUUUAUAGAAGUUUAGCUCCAUCACUUUAAACCAUCAGGAUUUAAUUCUUAGAGCUGUGCAAUUGGCUUUAUGUACCUGGCUGGGUGAAUUCUUGAGUAGUCAAUCUACUUUUAGUAAUGACCUUCCAAGGACCCAUUAAAACAUUUCUUAAGUGAGAUUAAUUGAAAGUUAAGACUUAAUUGACUUAGAGGCCCAAGUGCCUAUAAUCUGUAUCUCUCUGUGGUAAUGUUCCCCCAGAUGAUUAAGUGGGUAAAUGCAUAGUCUGCAUUCGUACUUCGACACACCGGGAAUAGCACCCAUUCAGGCCAAUCCUAGCCAGAGGUGCUGUAAUUUUACCUUCAUCAGCACUGGUGUUGGAAAGGGAGAAUGGUCCAAAUCCUGAUGAUUCAUUUUGUGGAUGGGUGCACAUUUGGGUGGAUAUUGAGGUCGUGGUUCAUUAUUUUCCUCCUUAACUCAGUGGAAAGUUAGUUGCUAGCACCUGUAAAUACUAGCUGUAAUAAAAUUGAAAGAUGAAGCUAAUGGAUGUAGGGUAGGUAGGAUGGAGCUUGACUUUCUCAUAAAGCUCCCUGAUGCUAGCAAGCUAAUGUAUUGUCUGCCAGUAAUGCUACCAGUUGAUGGUUGGAAAAAUGAAUUGGCUGUAGAAGGUACUCAAAGUGCAUGUAUCAUUGUUUUUUAAAAAGUUUAAUAAUAAUUUGAGUAAAUCUAAAGCUGUAACUUGUAUUUUCCAUUGACAAAUCACUUUCUUUGUAUAAGAAGUGUAGUAAACAUUUCUAUGCUGGAACGGUAUUGUAGAUAUAACUUAAAUUAUUUCUGUUAGUAACAUUGCAAAUUCAUUGCAGGACUCAACCUUGUUCCAGUAACAUUUAAAAUUUGUAUUGCACAGAAGAAUGGAGAUGCCAGUAAAUGUAUAAACUCUCAAUAUCCCUGCUCUCCCAUUCCUUCUGAUGAAAUAAGGAAAUAUAUCUGAACUUGUUUUAGCACUUUAGUCCCAUGUCGUGAAGUUUUGUACUCUGCCAUUUUUGGAAUGUCUGACCUCUUCUGGAAUCCCCUUCUUUCCCACUCUCUGUUAUGGUUUAACUACACUUUGUUUUCCAUUAAUCACUAAGGAUGAACCAAAGAAAUGAAGAUCUUUUUGUACAGUUGAGAUUUUAAAAAAUCUGUUGUAUUAAUUCCAAACUGUAUAUUGAAAACCUCCAUAUAAUAAGAACCUCCAUUUUGUACUAAGCCACUGAUUAGUUGUGUAACAUUCAUGUUUUUAUUGUGGUCUGAGAAACAAUUUUUGCUUUCUGAUUAGCUUUAACUGAAUGAUAACACCAAUUAGCUGUCAAGAACGUCAAUGAAACAAAUGCUGGCACUGCAUAUUAAAUAAAUGGAUAGGCCUUUUCAAAAAUGAAAUACUUUUUAGCAAUUAAGUCAAGAGCAGAGAGAUCACUUGAAACAUUGGUGGAGAACACUUGUGGAUGAAAUUGCAACACUUUGCUGCCUUUUAUUUCAAAAUGUCCUACUCUUGUUUCAGUGAGUAAUCUUGCUUCCUUUAAAAAAUUAAAAUAAUGAAAAUAGAUUUAUCAGAUGGGUUAUGUACAAUGCAACCUAUCCAACCUUCUGCACUUUGCCUCUUGCAAGCCCUAAUAUUACGUAAUUGAUUUCCCUAAUGCAAUAUCAAAAUUCCUGCCUUCUUUUGAUUCUACUUGGUCUUUAUUUCCUUAACUUUUUAAAUCCCCUUCAGCCAAAUUUCACCGAGUGUUCUUCUCAACUUGCCUCAUUUGUCUUACUCCUUUCAUCAUGUUCUUGAGCGAUUUGUGUGCCACCUGAGAAGACCAUUCUUUGUACAGCUCUCCACUUUGUGAUAUCUCCAGUUUCUGUACCUUUUAACACUUGCAUCCUCCUGGCUCCAUUUCUCCUUUGGAACAUUAAUUUUGCAUGUUCCAUUAUGUCAAAUAGUGCUACGAGAUGUAGGUUGUAAAUGAUCUUGUUCCUGAAGAAGUAUUAAUCUUCAAAGGGUGGGAUUGUCACACUCGAGUUGAAGUCGACCAUACCAGAUGAAAUGAGGUGGAAAUUUUUAGUUGAAUUAUAAUCUGGCAAGGCACUGUAGCACAAACCACUGUUCAAAUCUGACAAUCUUGCAGGUAGACCAGAGCAACAUGUUUCAGGUUUGUCAUUGGUGAACACAUCACCGAUGAGUGUGCACUUUUUCUUAUAGGAUAAUAACACCAAUAUGUUCAAGCCUGAUUAAAAAUAAUAAAUAUGGACAUACAAAAACCUAUGGUCUGAAGUCCUCGUGAUACAUAUGGGCUCUUCCUCUGUGGCUCACAAUCUGUUUAUAUUGAGAUUUGAAGCUAGACAAGUUUUUGUAUCACUUUACAUGCAGAGUGCAAAAUAUUUUUGUAUGUUUAAACAUGACCUAAUCAUGCUGAUGGCUAUUAAAGGCCACUGGCUGGAUAUUAAUAACUUUGUUAUUACUUGAUGAAUGGAGGCAGUGUUUUUUAAAUGAUGUAUUUUGAAAUUUAUUUACAAAUGCCAAAACCCAAACAAAGUUGGAUCUUCAAGAGAAGAAUAAAUGAA